CGGAACACAGCACCAGAGAUGGAUGUGCAUGUCAUCUCAAAGAAAGGCAUCUUGACCCCACAUGACCUAUGAUGCCCCUUGGUCAAUUAUCCCAACUGUCGCCCAUAAAGUGAGCGGUUGGGUACUCUUUCUGGGUCGCACAGGAUCAAUUUUUACCACUAACCGCCAUUUCAACUGUAAUGUUUACCAAAACACGGCGUUCUGAACAAAACAUGGGCCAGAUUCUCACCGGUGUAACCCCUGACCCGACAAACACAGCAAAAAUGGCGGACGCCGGUCACACUUUUUCUUUCGCCGAUGUUGACGCCGUGGGUUUGGAUUUGGACCACACCUUGUGCCGCUAUAAGGUAGCGGAAACGUUCGAGAUGAUCUAUGACAGCAUGUCCAGAUACCUGGUGGAGGAACACAAGUAUGGUGAGGAGAUGCUGCGACCAUUCUCAGAGGACAGGGACUUCUGUGUAAAAGGUCUACUCCUGGAUGCUCUGAGAGGAAAUUUCCUGAAGUUUGCAGAGGAUGGCACCAUCCUGAGAGCCAGCCAUGGAACUCAGAUAAUGACAGAAGAGGAAAUCACCGCAAUAUAUGGGGAUGAGAAGCAGUGGAAGCACUUUGCCGAGCUGAAGGGGAAGUUUGAGAACUCAGACAAGUAUCACCUGUAUGAGAACUACUUUGACAUGCCUGGUAUCGUGCUGUGUGCUCGAAUGGUGGACAACCUGGAAAAAAAUGCUGAAAGCAAAGGAAAGCAGAAAACAAAGAUGUGCAAGAUGUGGAGGGAUGCCAUUGAUGCCUUCAACAAUGCCUACAAACCUGAAGCUUUUGCAGCUCAUACAGGUGGCUAUUUCCCAGCCAUCAAGGAUAAGCCGUACAUGUACAUGCACAAGUGCAGCGAGGACAUCCGGCGGUGGCUGAAGGAACUGCGGGCUGCAGGAAAAGCCGUUUUCUUGGCCACAAGCUCCUGUUCUGAUUACUGCGAUCACAUAGCCAGGAAAGUUCUGGGAGAUGAGUGGAAGGACUAUUUUGAUGUUAUCGUCACCAACUCAAAGAAGCCAGGUUUCUUCUCAGAGCCACCAAAUAAGAGACCUUUCUACUCAGUAGUGGAUUUUCAAGAGGGCACAAAAGUGAAGGAGCUGGAGAGGGGAAAGGGAUACGCACAGGGCAACUGGCAAACACUCAUGAUCCUUCUCAGACAACUCACAGGCAAGGAAGAGCCUAAGGUUGUAUAUAUUGGUGACAGUCUGAGAUCAGAUAUCUUCCCUCCCAAGAAGUUUGCCAACUGGUCGACCAUUCUGAUCUGUGAGGAGAUGGAGGCAGAAGGAAUGGAGGAAGACAGGACCCAAAACGGCCCCGCCACCAAGAGAGCGAGAUAUAGUGAGAAUGACUAUGACCCCGCCAGCAAAGCUAUCCUGGUGUCAGACAUGUGGGGACCCUUCCUGACAGACAGAAGCACUUCCGGGUCAGAGGUCGUGACGGUGUGUGGCCACAUCCUGAGGAGCAGUGCCGACAUCUGUGUACCUCACCUGGACUACCUGGCAGGUCUGCCUUUGGACCACAAGUUCACCACCUUUAAGGACAGUAGUUCUGACUGGGCAGGGUUCCACCCUGGGAAACCCAGGUCUCUAAGGAAGUAGACCCACGAAAACUGACAUCAGAGGAAGUAGACCCAGGAAAACCAACCUCGGAGAAAGUAGAUCCAGGCAAACCCAGAUCUCUGAGAAAGUAGACCCAGGAAAACCCAGAUCAAGAGAUACUCACAUCACCUUAGAAGUAGACCCACUGGGAAAACAACAGAGGAGAUACACCUGCUGGAAACCUAGAUAUCUUCAGAAGUACACCCAGCAAAACACACGUCUCUGGUGCAGUAGACCUAGGGAAAGGAACAUCUCUUAAGAGGUAGACCAAGGAAAAGCCACACCUCUGAGACAGUAGACCCAUGGAAACCCACAUCUUGCAAAGUAGAACAAGUGAAAAAGGAAAACACUGACAGCAAAAUGCACCAUAAUUGGCCUUCCUUCUCCAUUUUCAGUCAUUGCUGUUAAAAGUAAACUGAGAAAAUAAUACCAUAAUCAAACAUUAGAUGAUAGAUUGUGAUCUCUAAGCACCAAAAUCAGGAAUUUGAAUAAAGAAAGUUUGGGGUCCAUUUCACAAACAUUCUUGCCUCAAUUUUAACAACUCAAAAGUUCGCUUUGCAAACUGCCAGUCCAGAUAUGUGCAACCACAUUGUAAGUCAUACAAGCCAACUACCUCAUGAAUCGCACUUCAUCAAAUGUGAUGACUUUAGUGAUAUACUUAGAACUUUACAAACUGUAUUUACAUUUUGUAAACUUUAAGUAGCAUCUGUCACCAAGUAUGCAAAAAAAGAAUUUUUGUUUUAUUUUGGUCUAAUAUUUGAUUUUCAUGUUAAUAUUGUACCACUGGCUGACACAGUCAAAAUCUCACUGCAAACAUUACUAAUAAUUGUAUCAUCACAAAUUAUGUAUUAUGCUGUUUAUGCUAAGCGUAGCAGGGAAUACUCCUUUCCUGUUUGACUAUUGUUUGGACUGAAAUAGAUUUUAGCUAUUGAAUUGAAAGGAAGAGAUUUGCAAACAGUGUGGUAGCCAGUCUCUUAUUGUAAGUCAGUUAAGAUAUGACUGUACUUGUGUGGAAUGUGGAAUAGUAUAGUCUGUAUUGUGCCUAAACUAGGCUGAACCCUGAAUUCUAUUGAAUUCAACUUUUAGAUUAUUGGUAAAGUUAUUUAUUUUUCUUAUCCCUUUUGCAAGGGCUAUUUAAAAGUUUGUUUUAAACUUAAUUUUAUGAUCUGUGAUUGUGUAGACCAGGUCAGUUUGUAAACUUGGCUACCAGCGUGAACUUGUAAUGAGAAAUAUUUCAAUUGUGGAAAAAUUAACCCAAAAUUUGGAGGUUUUAGGCCAGCUUUUACUCACUACUAAAAUGAACCUAAAUGUGGAGGAAUGUUACUAAAUUAACAGUUGUACAAUUAAGAAGCAUUUUACAAACGAAGUCAGAGCACCUACAUUGUACAAGUUCUUUAAUGAUUUUAUUGCAAGUAAGUUUAUAAGUAUCAAAUCUAUCUGGAAGUAUUUCAAAAUGUAUAAAAGUACCAAGGUUUUGUUACUGUCCUGACUCUGCAAUCAAAAUCAGCGCACAUACAGAUUCUUAAAAGCACAGUUAAGUGGCCUACAAACCAACAUUAAGUUUUCUAAAUGAUGUAAUUAAGUACCAAUAAUUACUACAGUAAUAGUGUAUGUAUGUGUGAUUAGUGUAUACUUAACAUAUAAUGGAAUUAGGAUACUGUUUUUAUUUGUGUGCAAUUAGCAUAUUACAGGACUUAAAUUUAAUAAAAGUGCCCAAACCAACCCACUUCUCAUGUAAGCUGUCAGGACUCAGAAGUUUAUCUAACUCUUUGACCAAUUUCAAUGAGCAGUUGUGUGUAAAUAGAUCUUUUAUUAACAUGUGUUACAAUAUUUAUUGUAUUGCCUGAUUCAAGUAGAAUACAGUUCUAAAUGAUUUUGUUUAGGAACAUUGAAGAAAAAUCCACCUUCUCUUCGUAAAAUUCAAGAACAUGACACUGCAUUUAAAAUGUUAACUUAUCUUAAGUGUAAAAUAACAUGUACACAUUUGCAGUGUAAAAAAAUUGAGUUUUUUCCUUUGUUUAACAUAUUUUUCAUGACUUUGUGUGCAAGAUAGAAAGAUUCCUACUGGUACAUGUGAUUGCUAGACAGUGUUGUUUUAGCUGUAUACCGGGUAUGAUUGAAAUAUAUACUUAGUGUCCUUUAGAAGUAAGUUGUAGCUAAUAUUGUGCACCUUAAAUUAAAAGCACUAAUACAGACAGUGCAACUGAGUGAAGCAGUUGUGUCCUUAUUUACCCUUGGUACGAUACUUGUGAUAUGUUUAUUUUAUUAAGAUGGACAAUGCCUCUUGAAGUUUAACCUAAAAAGACCUGAAAAGACUUCUGAAGCUCUGUUUUUGCAAUUAGCCAGUUGCAACCUGCUCAGUAGAGUCAAGAGAUACCAGAAAAAGACUGGAAUCCAGGCUACCUGAAGGCAUAUCAUACUGAUCUGGUAGAGUACUGUAAGUUUUCCUGCACAGACCAUAACAUUCUUGGCGCCUAGAUU